AUGGCAUUGACAAUGAUCAGGUUCUCAACUCCCGAAUUAAAGCUGGGGCCGUACAACAUGCCGGUGGGCGAUAAGCUGCAGUACCAUCUGCGCCAAGAGGGGAUACCCGCCGAUAAGAAGUUGACGUACGAGUUCUGCUCAUUUAAGAAUGAGCACGCUUACGUGCCAAUCCUUUUGCACUUUGAGGCGCCUUCCAAAGACUACGAGUUGUUCAUAAUGGCGGGCUUGGCGUUCACCGAAGCCAGCGACCGUUGGGACUUCGUGGUCACAAAGCAGCGAGUGCGCCAGGGCAAGGUGGGAUACGAGCUGCAGGAGGUAUACGGGCUGAACGCGUCCGCCGUCAGCAAGUCUUUCAACAAAGAUGCAGCUGCAGAUGAUGGCAGAGAAGGCUUAUGCGUGGUAUGCCUGACCGGGACGACGGACACCUUUCUGAUGCCGUGUCGUCACAUGUGCCUGUGUGGCGCGUGCGCUGCUCAAAUGGCGAGCAUGCACCAAGGCUGCCCAAUGUGCCGCAAGGCCAUAUCGCAUAUUGUACACAUGUCGCAGAUGGGAGCCAAAUGA